AAUGAAUUCGGUCUUUGUUUAUUUACAUUAAAAACUAAUUCUGUGUAUUAAAACGGGAUUUAAAAUCAUAUUUACUUUAAAAUUAUAAUGGGCCAAGGCAAAAGUCAGUUCACAGAAGAGGAACUUCAAGACUACGAGGAUCUGACUUACUUUACAAAGAAGGAAGUGCUAUAUGCACACAAGAAAUUCAAAGCCCUAGCUCCAGAAAAAGUAGGCCACAACAAAAAUGCGAAGCUGCCGAUGGCCAAGAUCCUACAAUAUCCGGAAUUACGAGUGAACCCGUUCAGGGACCGCAUUUGCAAAGUAUUCAGUUCCAGUAACGAUGGAGACUGCACCUUCGAAGACUUCCUAGACAUGAUGUCUGUGUUCAGUGAGAACGCACCAAAGGCUGUGAAGGCAGAACAUGCUUUUAGGAUAUUUGAUUUUGAUGGUGAUGACAUGAUUGGAGUGUCAGAUUUACGAGAAGUGGUUGAAAGGUUGUGUAGCCCUGAACUCAAACUGUCCGACUUCGACAUCCAGCAGGUGGUGCAGAAUGUUCUAGAAGAGGCAGACCUGGAUGAUGAUGGUGCCUUGUCCUUUGCAGAGUUUGAACAUAUCAUUGAUAAAAGCUCAGAUUUUUGCCAUGCAUUCAGAAUAAGGCUGUGAACCGAAGAUUUUCGGAAUACUCAACAUUCUGUCACAAAGUACUCAUACAUUCUCGACUCGAAUACAAAUAUACACUACGGCCGAUGUAACUUGGUGCUUCGGAAAAGAGAUAAAACUUUGUUAGAGCGAGAUCGAAGUAUACAAACUAGUGGUGUGAAACAGAGACAGCGAUAAUUUGUGUUCUUUCCCGACGUGCCAAGUUAUACUGGCCGCAUUAUACUCCUAAGUAGGAACACCUUUACUGGUUAUUUAGAAACUCAUGAGAUAAUUUAGUUACUAAGAAUGCUCUCAAUGACAAUUUCAUACUCAUAGGAUCUUUAUAAACCGCCUUGUUUGUUUGAUGUGGUAAUAAUCUCAAUUUAAGUAGCUGCUGUCUGGCUGAACACUUUCUGAAAGGCAGUCAGUCAUAAUAGAAACUUUGAAAUAAGAACCUUAUUGAGGUACAGCAAGUCUUCAGUACUUGAUGACUACUGAUAAUUGCUGCUGGGACAACAAUCAUUAUAAUCGGGGGGAAA